GCUAACUAUACACCAAUAUUUCAUUUGGAAAUUUUGCAUUGGCUCAGGAUGAGAUCGGUGUAUUUGGUGUUUUUGGUUGUGUUAUGUGCUGAGAGUAUUCUCGGCUACUUUUUAGGUCAAAAUCAAAGGUAUGAUGUAGAAGCCAGAAAUUUCCCAGAAGGCUACUCCUUGACAGAACCUGUAUCCGGUCUAAACUUUGAUGAGACCGAUAGUGGGGAAGCCAUAGGGUUAGUCGAAGAGUAUAACCUGGAGCGGGCGGACGGCACCGCGUAUGUCCUGAGCAGUGAGCCAGAGGAAGUGCUGGUUGGCGGAGACGUUCUCUACAAUGCAAGAAGACCAACAUGUGAAGAAAGAAAAAAAGAAAUAAUUAAGCUCCUUGAACGACUAGCUUUAAGGCUAAGUGAAAACCAAAGAUCAAGCUAUAACAGUGGUUAUAAUGAAGACUUUGACGCUGAUCGGUACCUACGAGGGCUCAUAAACUUAGAAACAAAGCUAAAGUCGAGCGAAAAUUCUGGUUUCGAUUUUUUCAAACUUCUUUUUGGUAAUAAGGGUGGAAGAAAAUUUAGAUCUAAUAACCGUUUCAUUGGGGACUAUGAUGUACGAGAAAAUGUACGUUACUCUCCUGGUAUCAUCAAAUUAUAUAAAAAUAUUUACAAGCAGAGGCAAAAUCCCAGAAGUCAACAGCCGAGAAUUUUCUGGAGAUUUGAUGACACUGACGACAGAAUUUCAUCAGGCCGCAAACAUUAUCAGUGGACGGACUCAGCUGAUGUGUUGCCACAAAGGGAUUCAGUGGUUGAGCUCAUCCCACACAUGGCUUCAAGGAAAACUACUGUGAACAACUUUAAACAUAAAGUCUUUUAUCCCAAGUUAUCCCCCGUACAAUUCCACAACGUAGGCUACAACCCUGCCAGGAUCUCAUACAAGUACGGCGGUACAGAACUGGAUGACAACACAAUUUACAAGCAUAAACAGAACGGACAGUAUCUCCCUUACUCUGUCCCCAAACACAGAGUAAAGUACCCAACCAACGCAGCCCCUAAACCUAUUCCAAAUAAAAACUACAUCCCCUACCUACCUCCACAACCUAUUGAAAACAAUGAUAAUAUUCCCAACUUACCUCCACAACCUAUUGAAAACAAUGAUAACAUUCCCAACUCACCUCCACAACUUAUUGAAGACAAUGAUAAUCUUCCCAAUGCAACUCCACAACCUAUUGAAAACAAUGAUAAUCUUCCCAAUGCAACCCCACAACCUAUUGAAAACAAUGAUAAUAUUCCCAAUGCAACUCCACAACCUAUUGAAAACAAUGAUAAUCUUCCUAAUGCAACUCCACAACCUAUUGAAAACAAUGACAAUCUUCCCAAUACAACUCCACAACCUAUUGAAAACAAUGAAAAUCCCAAUGCAACUCCACAACCUAUUGAAAACAAUGAAAAUCCCAAUGCAACUCCACAACCUAUUGAAAACAAUGAUAAUCUUCCCAAUGCAACUCCACAACCUAUUGAAAACAAUGACAAUCUUCCCAAUGCAAAUCCACAACCUAUUGAAAACAAUGAUAAUCUUCCCAAUGCAACUCCACAACCUAUUGAAAACAAUGAUAAUCUUCCUAAUGCAACUCCACAACCUAUUGAAAACAAUGACAAUCUUCCCAAUGCAACCCCACAACCUAUUGAAAACAAUGAUAAUAUUCCCAACUCAACCCCACAACAGUAUGAUAAUGGAGACUACUUCCCCAACACAACCCCCCAACCUAUUGAAAACAAUGACAAUCUUCCCAAUGCAACCCCACAACCUAUUGAAAACAAUGAUAAUAUUCCCAACUCAACCCCACAACAGUAUGAUAAUGGAGACUACUUCCCCAACACAACCCCCCAACCUAUUGAAAACAAUGACAAUCUUCCCAAUGCAACCCCACAACCUAUUGAAAACAAUGAUAAUAUUCCCAACACAACCCCACAACCUAAUGAUAAUUGGGACUACUUCCCCAACACAACCCCCCAACCUAUUGAAAACAAUGAUAAUCUUCCCAACUCAACUCCCGAAACUUAUGAAAAUGGAGAUUUUAAUCCAACUCCACAGCCACAAGUUGAUGGAACAUCCACAAAAACACCGUUUGAUAAUGAAAACACAACUUCCAUUGAAAUAGAAGGCACAACAGAAAAUCCAACAAAUAUCCCCGUUACCGAAACAACUCCUAGUUUACUCACUAACGCGACAAAACCACCGAAUGAAAACCCUGCUGGAAUAGUCUUCACAGUAGGCUUGGAGACUACAACUGAAAUUCCAUGUGAUAACGAAACAACCCAAGCUACCCUAGAAGUAACGACAGAAAAACGUACUGGAGUGGUCUUCACAGUAGGCUUGAAUACAGAGACAACGGAGGCUCCAUGCGACAACGAAACGACUCAGGCUGGUGUACAAGGCACACAGGCAAUCCCUACUGAAGUUAUUUUCACAGCAGGCAUCAAUCCAAGCACAACCCCAACCCCACCCACUAACCCGACAAAACCACCGAGUGAAAACCCUGCUGGAAUAGUCUUCACAUUAAGCUUGGAGACUACAACUGAAAUUCCAUGCGAUAACGAGACAACAACGCAAAGUGAAAUAGAAGGCACAACGGAAAAACCUACUGGAUUUGUUUUGGAGACUGCUACAACUGAAAUUCCAUGUGAUGACGAGACAACAACGCAAGCUGAAAUAGAAGGCACAACGGAAACCCCUACUGGAUUUGCCUUUACAGUAGAUCCCAAUGAAUCAAGCUGAACAUCUGCCAAGGAUUGAAAUACCAAAGUAUGCAGGAACUACAUUGUGACUGAAGUAUUGGUGAUACAUAUUUAACAAAUCUUUCUAUAACGUCAAUACAUUUUUUCAGCCUUUCCUUUAUCUGAUGAUGAACGACUUGCAAGCUCUACUAAAACUGUAUGAUUAAAUCCAUUGAGUAAACAAAUAGCGUAGAUGCUUUUAAAUUCAAAUA